AUGAUUGUAGCACGAUCGCUGUGUCGAAUAGAGAAAGUCUCAACGCACGAUAUCAUUCGGCAGCUGAUCCGAUGGUCCAAUUCGAAUCCGCUGUAUAUGGAUGAAACAAUGAUCAAUGCACUGAGCUUCAAACCUCACUGUCGCCAUGCUACAAUUCAGCCAACACUGGAUGAGCAGGAGGUUGAACAGCUGGUGCUUGCGAAUGCAUCGCAUCGAAAUAUUCUCAAUUUGUCGAACAAAUGCCUUUUCCUUGCGGUACCACUGGCCGUCGUAUCGGUGCAUUCGAACGGAGCCCCUGCAGUAUCGCAUCGUCUUUGCCAAUUAAUGCAACCGAAUCCGAUUGCAGUCGAUGGUCUCCGAGUGCUGAUCGCCGCUAUACGCUACGAUUCAUGA